UGAGGAUAUGGUGGACGUGCGGCGACUGAAGAUGCUUCAGAUGGUACAGUUGUUUAAAUGUGAAGAGGAUGCUGCUCAGGCAGUAGAGUGGUUAAGUGAACUGCUGGAUGCUCUGCUGAAGACACAUAUCCGAUUGGGAGAUGAUGCUCAAGAAACAAAAGUUUUACUGGAGAAACAUCGAAAAUUCGUUGAUGUUGCACAGAGUACGUAUGAUUAUGGGAGACAGUUACUGCAGGCAACUGUUGUCCUGUGUCAGUCCCUGCGAUGCACUUCAAGGUCCUCAGGGGACACACUUCCAAGACUGAACAGAGUGUGGAAACAGUUUACAAUAACUUCUGAAGAAAGAGUGCACCGGCUGGAAGCAGCUGUUGCAUUUCACUCAAGUGCUGAAAAGAUUUUGCAAGAAUGUCCAGAGCAGCCUGAAGCAUUUAAUGAAAUGGAGCAAUUUGAUGAAAUUGAAGCAGUUGGGAAAUCACUGUUGGACAGACUAACAGUGCCUGUUGUUUAUCCCGAUGGGUCUGAGCAGUACUUUGGGAGCCCAAGUGAUAUGGCUUCUGCAGCAGAACACAUUAGAGAGAAGAUGAAGCUAGUUAGCCUGAAAAAGCAGCAACUGAGACAACCAGAAGCCGCUACCCCAGAGAGCUAAUACUGACCCUUGUCUAUGAAUUCAUAAUAGAACUUCAGUUUGUAAUCCAGCAUGUUGUUUGCAUAUUACAGAAUUUGGCAUAAUAUAUUAAAAUGCAUUUCACAGCCAUUAUAAGUCUCAUCUUUUUUUCAAAGUAAUUGUCCUCAGCAUCUUAACACUGUACAUCUAUCAAGCCAUGAUUAUUUAACAUGCUAUGAAACCAUAGAUUCCAAGUAUCUUAUGAAAAGGAACUGUAAACUUUGCACUGAAAUUUACUGUAAAGCUUUACCUGACCUGUCAGCUGCUUCUUAGUUAAACAGCUGAUGCAAGCUUUGAAUGGUGCUAAUGAAAGUGUUAGGAGUUCCAUAUUAUGAAACUGUAGUUCUUUGCUUCCCACUAUGCCCAGGUGAUGUAGUAAUUUUAGACUGUAGGUAAAGUUCCUGCAGCGUAGACAGUGGUGACCCUAUAAUUUUAAUUUGAAAUCUUUAAAAAAACCCCAAACAAACCAUAAUUUUUAUUGUGCCAGUAUGCAACCUGCACAUCAAAUCUCUGAUAUAUCAAAUUCAUUAAACAGAUGUUUUCUUAUUUGUAUUGAUAAUGUAUUAAAAGCUGUUUGUGCUUAAUAAAAAUCAUCUUUUAAAAAUCUAA